UGAUGGAGAUCAAUAAAAAUAUUCUGUAUUAAUAUUCCAGAUGGAGGAUGGGGGAGGGCCCAGUUGGUCCCCGGAUAACACCAGGUCCCAGAAUCAGGAUCAAGAAGAUGAGCUGACCAUUCCUCGUGCUGCCAUGAACAAGAUGAUUAAGGAGAUCCUCCCUAAUAUCAGAGUUGCAAACGAGGCUCGUGAACUGGUUCUAAGCUGUUGUACAGAGUUUAUUCAUCUAGUUUCUAGUGAAAGUAAUGAGGUAUGCAACCAGCAGCAGAAGAAGACGAUAUCUGCUGAACAUGUUUUUGCUGCGCUCCACAAACUUGGUUUCGGAGAUUUUGUGAAGGAAGCAGAAGAGGUUCUCUCCGAGUGCAAGGAGUCCGCCGCUAAACGAAGAAGACAGAGUACGCGACUAGAAAACCUUGGUAUUCCAGAGGAGGAGUUGCUCCGACAACAACAGGAGCUGUUUGCCAAAGCCAGAGAAGCAGAAGUUAUGAAAGAGCAGGCUCAGUUAGCUGCUGUGGGACAAGCAGCACAGUUUGCUGCUGUUUCUAGCGGGGCCGAAGAUUAUUCGUAGAGUACUGUUUUUUUUUUUACCUUUAUACACAGAUAUAUAUUAUAAACAUACAGCAGAAUUUAAACAUUGAAUUUUAGCAUUUUUUUACUUCCAUGCAUUGAAAACCUAGAAAACUAAAUGUUGACACAGAAAAUGUUAUGCCUUUUUCAACUACCAAACACGCCUGGUUAUUAGAUAAAUUGUGAUGAAUAUAAGUAUACAAAGCAAUAUAGAAAUAAAAUACAUUCGCUAGAAAUUA